AUGAAAAUAGGAGUAGCAAGUAGCGAGCCUGCUCUCUUAAUGAACCGAUUGUUUGGCGAUACCUCUUCGUCUCGUAAGUCUAAUAGUACCAGUUGUUAUAGAUUCUCGAAUGACCGACAGGACGAGUUCACAAUACUCCACGAUGGAAAUAUGCUGAGAAGAUGGCAAAUUGGCGUUGUACCAGGAACAACAGUUGAUGGAAUUAAAAGUGGACCGGGUCCACAUAGUGGGUUUAACUUGGGAAAUAACAGUGGAUACCCUGGAAAUGCCGGAGCUGGAUCCACCUCUGACACAAGACAACAUUCGUAUAUCUCUCGAAAUGAUACUCUGUUUGUUGCUAGUGUUCUCGAUUCCAAAACUGAAUACGACAAAGUCACUGGAUUCGAUUAUGCGAGUGAUUUUGGAGUUCGUCAUAGAGUGAGUUUCAUGUGCAUGCGACAAUCUGGACAGGUUUUCCGGAUGACGGUACCUGAAAGUCCGGAUGCACUUCGCUUCGAUCCUUAUAAUGAUCUAGUAGUAACAGAACCGGAAAGAAUGACUAUCCUCGACAAAUCACCAUCACAUCAAUUUGCGUCUGUGGGUCUAAAUACAGCCACGACAAUGACCACAGACGGCACAUCGCCAAAAACUCGUACGAGGAGAUUCUCCUCCAAAUUGAGUGGAGGAACAUUGGAUGAGGAAGAUGAGUCUGAUGACGAUAAUUAUGUCACGAAUGAAGGAUUACUUCCCUAUAACUUUGUGUUGGAUGGUGAUAUUUCGACUGUCAUGCGCAGGAGAGCCCUUAAUGGCUACUCUAACGAUUGCGAGGCUAAUAUCGAAAUGUUAAAUAGUUUUGAUUCGACAGAGAGAAACGAUUAUCUAAAAUAUACAUGGAAAUGGCUAUCACUAGCGAGGAGGUCAGAGAAAAAGUCGGCAAUGGCACUCGGGUCUAUCGAUUUGGCUUUUGAAGGUGUCAGCAGCAUCUGGGAAGGAUGGCAUGGCUUACUGGGCCAGAAGAGAUACGAUGGCGAGAUAUCUGAAAAGGAGUUCACCAAUACCAUCACCAAGUUACUAAGUGAUAAAAAACGCAUAUUUACCUCUCCAUCCAUUUCUGGAGGGAGUAAAGAAGCUCAUAGACAGUUAUGCUUGAGAGUCGCUGGCUGGAAUUUCGAAUUAUCUCAGUUGAAUGAUAAAAUCAAGGAGUUGGAAGAUCAAGGUAAAUAUGAGCAAGCUGCAGGCUGGGCUGUGUUUCAUGGUGAUGUGGAGCGUGCUGUGACGAGUCUAGCUUCUUCUCGUAAAGAGCGACUAAGGCUUAUGUCGACUGCCGUAGCAGGUUAUCUAGCAUAUAAGGACAGCGAUGUGAACAGUCCUUGGCGAGAGCAAUGUCGUAAACUGGCAUCUGAGUUGGACAACUCAUAUCUACGAGCUAUAUUUGCAUAUAUUGCAGAUGGUUCAUGGCUUGAUGUUCUGGACGAAGGGUCACUGCCUCUGAAUGAACGUCUUGGUAUAGCUCUUCGUUUUCUUCCUGAAGGUGAGCUGACAGCCUAUCUUAACCGCCUUGCCGACCGAGCAGUCCAUCACGGCGAUUUAGAAGGUAUCCUACUGACAGGAUUGACCCCUCGAGUGGUUGAUUUACUACAAUCAUAUGUUGAUAAAACCAGCGAUGUGCAAACUGCUGCUCUAAUUGCAUCUUUCGGCUGUCCUAGAUUCUUUACCGACCAAAGGGUUGAGAAUUGGAUUCAAGAGUACCACCGUCUAUUGAAUGGAUGGCAAUUAUUUAAAGUGCGCGCUAAGUUUGACGUUGCACGAACCCAUCUGUCACGAGAUAGUCAUGGUGAGAUAUCAGCUGCUCCAGUUCCUCGACAAAUCUAUCUUCGUUGCAGCAAUUGUAAAAAGACAAUCAAGCCCCGGGCCAAAACAUCUGGCUCAAAUCGGAAUAGUAAGCAGCUCACAAUCAACACCAACCAAGGAAUCACAAUGGGAGAUAUCGGCACCAAGUGCGAAAAUUGUAAUACCCCAUUACCAAGAUGUGCAGUAUGUCUUGAAUCACUGGGAUCUUUCUCAGCAGGACAGAAAAUUUUAUCUGUGCCAGACCCCAUCAGCUCACUUGCUGCCCAGUUUGAGGGCUGGCCAACAUUCUGCCUGUCUUGCAAUCAUGGCAUGCAUGCUGGUCAUGCUGAAGAGUGGUUCUCAAAACAUGAUAUAUGCCCUGUACCGGAUUGUAAUUGCUUAUGUAAUGCUAAAUAA